AUGCCACGCAUCCUCUUUGUGAGUGGUUUUCACCCCGCGACUCGUGCCCGCGACCUUGCCUACGAGUUUGAACGUUACGGGCCCCUCAUCCGCUGCGACGUUCCUGCUCCCCGCAACCCGCACGCCAACUCAAACCCUUACGCCUUUGUCGAAUUCCGAGACCAGCGCGAUGCCGAAGACGCCUACUACGAUAUGCAUGGGAGGAGCUUCGAGGGAUAUCGCUUGAGCAUUCAAUGGGCUAAGAAUCCUCCAUCGUCCAUUUGGCGUUAUGACAGGAGGUCGCCUCCUCCACGUCGUGACAGGGACCGCUCUCGCAGCCCUCGUCGCCGCAGUGACCGGGACCGGGACCGGGACCGUGAGCGCGAGAGGGAGCGCGACCGGGAUGACCGCGACAAGGACAGAGAUGCUGACAGGGAUAAAGACAGGCGCAGACGUAGCCGAACUCCCGAGAGGCGCAGGAGCCCUACGCCCGAAAAGAGAGACCGAGCAAAGACACCUCUCGCUGAAGAGGAGCCGAAAAUGGAAGAGGACCGAGCUCAGACUCCUCCGUACGAGCAGUAGACUUUCCUUGUCCCGAACGUUGAACGCUUGCCCUCCUAAAGAUGCAUUUCGACUCAUAUGGAAGACCGGUUUUCGUCUAGUUGUCUUAGCCUGUACAUAGCAUAGUGCCG